GGAAAGUAGCCGUUGGAGUAAUUGGGAAAAAGAAAGGAAACGAAAAGUGAUACAAAUAGCCAAAUCCUUUGUCUAGAUUUCACAAUCUUUGUGUUCUUUCUGAGAAGAUCUGUGAUGAAUCCAAAAAGAUGUGCUGCCUGCAAAUAUCUGAGAAGAAGAUGUCCAAAAGAUUGCAUUUUCGCACCUUAUUUCCCUCCAAACGAUCCUGCAAAAUUUGCAUGUAUCCACAGAAUCUAUGGUGCUGGUAAUGUUUCCAAAAUGCUUCAGCAACUUCCUGAUCAGACGAGAGCUGAAGCAGUGGAGUCUUUGUGCUUUGAAGCAAAAUGCAGAGUAGAUGAUCCUGUUUAUGGAUGUGUUGGCAUUAUUCAUUUACUUCAAACUCAAAUUCAGAAUGCUCAGAAUGAAUUAGCCAAAACUCAAGCUGAGGUUGCUGUUGCUCAAACCAAACUUAGCCAAACUCAAAAUUCUGACUUCUGAGUUUAUGUAAUAUCAUUAUCUCUCAGUUUCAUCAAUAAUUUCUGAAUAAAAUAAUCUCUUUUGCAUUUCUGUUUCUGACUAAAAAGAUAAUGAACCUCUUACAAUUCCACUAACAAUGAUACAACAAACUCAUCAUCAUUCUAGAGGCCUUUAUACACUAUAUCAUCAAGGCUAACAUAUCAAAUCCAACUUCAAUAGCUACACUGUAAAAAACUGUUUCAUUAAACACAAAAUGUAAACAAAGUUUGAACCGAGUUUAUUAUUAUUACAAAUCCAUAACUCAUGGCUAUAAUUAUACAGUCUUGCCCCAUAUUUUGUGAAUCAUAAUAAUGUAUAUAAGAGAAAAGAAAAAAUGGGAAAACAUGAAACAAGAGUCGAUUUCAAUCAAAUGAUUACUAAAAUCACUUCCAUUUGUUGGCAACAAUGUCAGCCAAGUCAACAACUCUCUGUGAGUAACCCCAUUCAUUAUCAUACCAAGCAAUCACCUUAACCAUGUCAUCUCCCAUAACCAUAGUGAGUGAUGAAUCAAUGGUUGUAGAAUAAUCGGAGCAUCUGAAGUCAACGGACACAAGUGGCUCAUCGCAGACAUCGAGUAUACCUUUAAGCUCUUUCUCAGCGGAGUCUCUGAAAGCAGCGUUAACUUCCUCAGCAAAAGUCUUCUUUGAGACCUGCACAA